UGACAAAGAAAAUGAACGAAAAUGCUUAGGAGAAUUUUGUAUGAACCUUGAGAGCUAAUUUCUCCGCGAAUUUUUCUCGUCGACUUUUCUCGGAAAAAAAAGGUUGAAACUUUUUUGGUCUCCCUGGUCAAAAUAUUGGUUUGGUUGAGCGCACCGACGACAAUCGCAUUGAGCUUAUUGUCAAAUUGGAUCUGGCCGCAAUCAUUAGCACCAACUCUUUCGCUUUUGUGCUGUCUCUUGUUUUCUCGCAACGUGUAUUGAUCUGGAGGCAAAUGUUGAAGCUUUAUUGAAUUGGUCUUUCAGGGAAAUUGCAUCGAAGUCAGCUCCAAAAUUCUAGAAUUUCGAUCAGGGUUGUUGAUUGUUUCUGUUAAAGUUUCGAUCUUGAUCAAAUUUCAGCAAAAGGGUCUACAUUAACAAAAAAAAGAAAGCUGUACUAUUUAUUGGGUGAUUUGAUUUAAAAGCAUAUUAGCCUUUUGAUUACGCCGUUGUUGUUGGAUUCUUUUGGAGUAUCUGAUGAAAUGAGAAGCAAUAGAUAUGCUUGGAAUGAUUCGAGGAGGAAUGUGUUAUCAUAAUUGGGCUUGUUUGGUUGUCUGGUUGACUCUGCUUUCUGGGUUCUUGGUGAUAACAUUGGAUGGGAAUUCAGAAAAAGAUGAGGCUUUUCUUAGUCAUUUCAAGGCUCCAUCAACAGGGCAGGUCAAUGAGCAAAUGGUAGAAACAUCAUGGGCGCAGCGUUGUUGGCAAGAAACAGAUUGUGUAAAGGAAGCUGUCGCAGUAUUCAAUUUAUGUUUCCCAGGAUCAAAGGAUAAUCAGGAGCUAUUUGGUUUGAAGCAUUCCCAUCUGAAGCAGACGCUUCUUGAUUGUAUCCAAGAACAAGGAAAGUUGAAUGGUUAUAAACUCAAGUAUCUCGAGCUUUUGGCAUCUAUGCUUGAUACUCCGAGGAGAAAUCUAGCUUCUAGACCUGUCUCUUCCCUUUCUCCUUCCCCUUCCCCUUCCCGUCCUCCUAAGCGUAGUCGAGGCCCACCUACUCGAUCAAGAUCUCCAUCUCCGCGGAGUUCGUUUGUCCCACCGUCAAGAUCCCCUCCUCCUCGUGCUGGGAAAAACGGUUCUAGAAAUUCAACUUCUGGACCUGUUUCACCUGCGAAAAGAAAAGAGGACCAUCAGAAAACAAUCAUCAUUGCGGUUGUUGUGACUGCUGUUUCAACGUUUUUGUUGGCUGCAUUGUUCUUCUUAUGUUGCACCAGGGUUUGUGGAAAUGGUUCAGGAGGCAGGAAAAACGAUGAACGGCCUCUUCUGAGUUUAAGCAGUAGCGAUUACUCUGUUGGUUCCUCCAUCAACUAUGGUGGUUCUGUCAAAAAAGAAAAACUGGGUCAUCAGUCCUUUAACAUUUACUCAAACCAAGGAAAGAUGUCGUCUUUCGAUGGAAGUAAUUCUGACAAUUCGGAUUCGUUAGAAGAAAGGCUGUCACACGAAGGGGUCCAUAAUAAUAGUAUUAGCAAACAUGGGAUUCCGCCUUUGAAGCCUCCACCUGGAAGAACAGCUUCUGCACUUUCAGGGAAGCCUCCUUCUGGAAAAGUGGAGCCUCUUCCACCAGAACCACCCAAAUUUCUUAAGGUAUCCUCAAAUAAGGCUUCUCCUCCUCCACCGCCAGCUCCAGCACCGCCAAUGCCAUCUUCUGCUGGUCCUCCACGACCACCUCCUCCAGCUCCUCCUGCUGGUUCUGGAGGGCCUAAACCACCACCUCCUCCUGGACCAAAGGGACCACGUCCACCUCCACCGAUGAGCCUGGGUCCGAAAGCUCCUCGACCGUCUUCUGGGCCAGCAAAGUCAUCAGAUGAUGAUGCUCCCAAAACAAAGCUGAAGCCAUUUUUCUGGGAUAAAGUGCAAGCAAAUCCAGAGCAUUCAAUGGUUUGGAACGAUAUAAGAUCAGGAUCCUUCCAGUUCAAUGAAGAGAUGAUAGAGUCGCUAUUUGGAUAUGCAGCAGCAGACAAGAAUAAAAACGACAAGAAGGGAUCCUCUGGACAAAAUACACCUCAGUUUGUUCAGAUUCUUGAACCAAAGAAAGGGCAAAAUCUAUCGAUUCUCUUGCGUGCUUUGAAUGCGACAACUGAAGAAGUGUGUGAUGCACUUCGUGAAGGAAAUGAGCUUCCUGUAGAAUUCAUUCAGACCCUGUUGAAGAUGGCACCAACACCGGAAGAGGAACUAAAGCUUAGAUUAUACUGUGGUGAAAUAGCUCAACUGGGAUCAGCUGAACGAUUCUUGAAAGCAGUAGUUGAUAUCCCUUUUGCUUUCAAGCGUCUAGAGGCACUUCUAUUUAUGUGUACACUCUAUGAAGAAAUGGCCUUCGUAAAAGAAUCAUUUCAGACAUUGGAGGUUGCUUGUAAAGAACUUAGGGGAAGUCGGCUGUUCCUCAAGCUCUUAGAGGCGGUUCUAAAGACCGGAAACCGAAUGAAUGAUGGUACAUUUAGGGGUGGUGCUCAAGCUUUCAAGCUGGACACUCUUUUGAAAUUAGCAGACGUGAAGGGAACUGAUGGGAAAACAACCCUCCUCCAUUUUGUUGUUCAAGAGAUAAUUAGGACUGAAGGUAGGAGAGCUGCGCGUACUAUCAGAGAAAGCCAAAGCUUCUCUAGUGUCAAAACAGAGGAUCUAAUGGCAGAGGAAACCUCCGAGGAGAUGGAAGAGAAUUACCGCAAUCUUGGACUUGAAAAAGUUUCAGGCUUGAGCAGUGAGCUUGAACAUGUGAAGAAAUCUGCAAACAUCGAUGCUGAUAGUUUAACAGGGACUGUUCUUAAAAUGGGUCACGCUUUGUCGAAAGCUCGAGACUUUGUCAACUCAGAGAUGAAGAGUUCAGGAGAGGAAAGUGGGUUUCGUGAAGCUCUUGAAGAUUUUAUCCAAAAUGCUGAAGGAAGCAUCAUGUCGAUUCUCGGGGAAGAGAAGAGAAUAAUGGCUCUGGUGAAAAGUACAGGAGACUAUUUCCAUGGAAAAGCAGGAAAAGACGAAGGACUGCGUUUGUUUGUGAUUGUGCGCGAUUUCUUGAUAAUCUUAGAUAAGUCCUGCAAAGAAGUUAGAGAAGCACGAGGAAAACAGAUAAGAGUGGCAAGAAAACAGGGUUCAACAGCCUCAGCUUCUUCUGAAACUCCAAGACAACCGCCUUCAUUAGAUCCUAGACAGAAGCUGUUUCCAGCUAUUACAGAGAGACGCAUGGAUCAGUCUAGUUCAGAUUCAGACUAAACAAAAAAACAGAAUCUCGGGUUUUGUCACUUGUUAGUACAAAUCCUCUGCGGUUUUGCUCUGAGCUUCUUAUGAUCUUUUUUUCUGCUGGGAGUGGAAUGGCAUUAACUCGCAGAGAUGUCAGGUUUUAGUCACUGAUAAUCAGAUGAACAAUCAGAGAGGCCCUUUUGUGGUAAAAGCUAUGGAGAGUCGUUGACGUCACAAUCUUUAGCUUGUACUGACAUUGUCAUCUUUAGUCUUAGAAACACACUUUUUCAUUUCUUCUUCUUGAAUCUUGUUUGCCAUAGAAGAGUAUUCCUUUUGUGUUUAUUUUUGUAACAUUACUAUCAAUUAAAUUAUACAUUCAUUUUAAUUUCCAAA